UUGUGUUUUUGAUGAGGUGAGGGCAGUAUGAGUGGGUUGUGGUGGCUGUAGGGCGUAGUAGUGGUUGACUCAGCGAGUGAAUGGCGGAAGAGAAGGGCACAGUGUGCGUGACAGGGGCGGGAGGGUACGUAGCUUCUUGGUUGGUGAAGCUUCUUCUCUCUAAUGGUUACUCCAUCCAUGGAACCGUCAGAGAUCCUCAUGAUGAGAAAAAUUCUCAUUUGAAAAAACUUGAAAAAGCAUCCGAGAAGCUUAAACUCUUCAAGGUGGACCUGCUGGAUUACAACUCUCUUUCUGCAGCCAUCACGGGGUGUGUCGGAGUGUUCCAUGUCGCCAGUCCAGUUCCCCCCGGCAGCUUGCCAGAUCCGGAGGUGCAACUAAUUGAGCCUGCUGUGAAGGGUACUCUUAACGUACUCAAGGCAUGUUCUGAAGCAAAUGUCAAACGAGUGGUGGUUGUAUCUUCUGGAGCUGCUGUUUCCUUGAACCCUGAAUGGCCCAAGGGUCAAGUGAAGGAUGAGACUUGUUGGUCUGAUGCGGAAUACUGCAAAAGAACUAAUAAUUGGUAUUGUCUUUCCAAAACAAAAGCAGAAAGUGAGGCUUUUGAGUAUGCGAAAAGAAGUGGGCUUGAUGUUGUAAGAAUGUGUCCAACCCUUGUUUUGGGACCAAUGCUCCAGUCUACAACAAAUGCUAGUAGUUUGGUUCUCAUUAAGCUUUCAAAAGAGGGAUAUGAUGAAUUCGAAAACAAUUUGAGGAUGAUAGUAGAUGUACGAGAUGUAGCUGAAGCACUGCUAUUGGCAUAUGAGAAGCCCGAAGCUGAAGGAAGGUAUAUAUGCACAGCUUACAUGAUCAAGUCACAAGAUCUGGUGGAAAUACUCAGGAAAAACUACCCGAACUACAAUUAUCCUAAGAAAUUUACUGAGGGAAAGGAAGAAGAAAAGCUCAGUUCAGAGAAAUUGCAGAAGCUGGGUUGGAGUUACAGACCGAUGGAAGAAACUCUGGUUGAUUCCAUUGAAAGCUGUAGACAAGCCGGACUUCUGUACUAAAUGAUCUUGGCAUUCUGUUGUAGUAUUUACAAGUUGUAUCAUCAAGCAUUCUCAUAUCCAGAACCUCUUUGUUCUAUAGAUGUUGUAUUGGGUAUUGUUGUAAACGAUCCUUGUUCAUUUUGCAAUAGCGUUGCAACUCAUGACUCCAGUUAAUUUGAAACAUGGUUUUUGAACACUGCAAUUAAUGUUACACGAUUACAUGGAACUUUAGUUUUUGUGGAAAUUGAUACCGUGGACAGGAUAUGAGGAUGUA